AACUUCUUGUGAACGCAACUACACAACUCUAGUUGUCAAUUAUUCUUUUGGUUAUAAUUAUUUUCACUCUGCACUCUGCAUACGAGUUCUUUAACCGCAACAUCACGUCAACAAAAAAACAACAAAAAGUGCCCCCACCUACCACUGCUCUGCUGUAGACGUUGAACUGGAAUAGUCAACUGCGAGAGAGAUUUCACAUCGUUUCGUUUCAUUUGCUUCAUUCAAUCAGUUCCGAGACUAGCUGUAACAAACAGCAUUCGCCGCAUGCUGAAUAAAAAAACACCGCUCCAACAACCACAACAACUACAGCAAAGACAACAAAUACGUUAUCGAUAUCAAGAUGAAUCCCUGCGCUGUGCCCACAGCCGUGCCCGAUGUUGACGGAGACAAGCGCUGGCUGAGUAUACAUCGUCGCUUCAUAUGCGAUUGCCGCGAAAAGGAUCCGGAUGUGAUAUUCCUGGGUGAUUGCAUAUUUGAAACGCUGCAGGACACGGACACCUGGAACCAAUUGUUUGCACCGCUGCACUGCCUCAACUUUAGCAUACGCGACGAUUGCACCGAGCAUGUUUUGUGGCGCAUCGAGAACGGCGCCCUCGACAAUGUGAAUCCCAAAAUUGUUGUGCUACACGUCGGCACCAACAAUGUGAGCAACAGUGCUGCCCAAGUUGCCGAAGGUUUGCUCGCCAAUGUGGCCAAGAUACGCGAAAAACUGCCAGGCGCCUACAUUCUGCUACCGUCGCUGCUUCCACGCGGUCAGCAACCGAAUUUGUUGCGUGACAAAAAUGCGGAGAUUAAUGAAUUGGUCAAGGAACAGACAAAGGGAUUGGAUCGUGUGCAAACGGUUGCCAUCGACAAGGGAUUAGUGCAAGGAGACGGCAGCAUUAGCCACCAUGAUAUGUUCGACUAUAAGAAUCUAACGAAUACCGGCGCCAAAAAAAUACUCGAACCAUUGCAUGAUUUGCUCUCACAAAUUCUCAAUGAAAACGAACUGGAACGCGAUCUCACUCCAUCUGAAUAAUAGUUUCCUCUCUCUCUUACACUCAAUUCAACGUAACUCAAUUCGCGAACUCAAGAAAGAUAAAGGAGACUAAUAAUAUUCACAAUCAAUGAAUCCAAAAAAGGAAAAACAACACAAAAAUCCAACACUCCAAA